GGUGCGUUGGGUUGCCGUCUCGCACUACUAUCACACCUACCUUAAUCAAAAGAUGAGCAAAAAUGAAGCGCAGAAGCAACGACUUACCUUGAACAGGGAGCAGUACAUGAUGGUUAUUCCUAAAUGGUGCUUGGGAAAGGGUGAUGGAUGGGCUAGGUUGGUGGAUAGGUGGCUCGGCGACGAUGCAGAGUUUGCUGCCAAGAGCAGCAGGGCCCGGGCUAACCGUGGAAAAGACGGGACACACGGCCAAGGAAACAGGAACCACUGGGGCUUCAAGGCAAUGAAGGUAUAUCUAUAUGCAUGGUUCAUUUUUGUUCUUCUUUUUAUAGUUACCGUCAUGUUUUCUAUGUAUGGCUAACUUCCGUCUGACGUUGCAGGAGGCCAAGUUGGAGAGGUCACUCUCAGACAUACAGUCAUGGGUGAUGGCCCGUGCUAGGACUAAUCCCAAGGAAGGCGAGAGCAAGUACUAUGGCAAUACAGAGGAGCACAUGGAGUCCUACAAGGAACAAUUUGAGAGGUUGCAUCCGCCUGGUCCGGAUGCUCCUAACGUGAUCGAGUCUCAGAUUGAUGAGACGGCGGUGGUGUCUAUUCAGGGGAAGGCCCAUGGCCGCUAUCCGUGUUUCGAUGGCUUGAUCACUCCUUCCGUCUCUUACACACA